UAUCCAUCAUGAGUUUUAAUUUAAUUCAAAUUUCCAUAAUUCUUUUUACUGUUGGCAUAACUUCAACCAGUUUUGCUACAGUCUUUAUUGAUCCCAAAAAAAUACCAAAUUUUCUCCAUGGAAUAUCUCGAUAUGGAAAAGUUGUAGAAAAACGUGAAUAUCUUAAUAAACAUUUUAAACUUCCUAAAAGAUAUUUUCGACAUUUUUACAUAUACACUGCUCCAACUGCAACAAUGCUGUUAAUAUUGGUAAUCUAUGCAUACUCCACAUGUUAUCAAUUACCUGAAGUUCUUCUUUUAAUAUUGGACUUUGCUCUAGGUUCCUGCAGACAAGCAAGUGCAUCUCCAGAAGCAACUACACUUGCUCUUUUUCUUGUCGCUGUUCAUACUUGGAAAAGACUUUAUGAAAGUUGCUUUAUUAAUGUUUUCAGCAAAGCAAAGAUGAGUAUUCUCAUUUACAUCAUAGCAUUUAUGCAUUAUACUGCAUUGUUGUUAAGUAUUGUUGGAGAAUCAUAUGGAUUUGUUAGAGGUACUCAAGGAACUUUUAAUUCAAAUGCACACACAUGGUAUUAUAUUACUUGUACUAUCAUAUUUUUAAUAGCUGAUUAUGAGCAGUUUAAAACAAAUAAAAUCUUGGCAAAUCUUCGUAAAAAUAAAGAAGGAAAGGUUAUUUCGGAAUCGUACAAGAUUCCCAAAGGUCGACUCUUUGAAUAUGUAUCAUCUCCAUUGCAGUUAACUGAAAUUGUGGUGUAUUUGAUGUUUGCAGCAAUCUUAUGGGAAGCUACGACCAUUUACUUUAUAACAGGGUGGGUUGUUAUCAACCAAAUUUGUAAUGGAAUAAUACAACAUGAAUGGUAUAAAAAAACUUUUGCAAAUUAUCCUGAAAAUCGUAAAAUAAUUUUUCCAUGUCUUUUAUAAAUUACCAUUUUUUGUAAAUUAUUUCCUCCUUCAAUAAAAAUAUUCUCUCAUAUUAA